AUGCAAUACCACAACAAAAGUUAUCUACUGAACAUUCCCAGCUGGGACUGGCGGCGUGGCGAUGAUGCCGUGUGUGUGGCUGAGCUUAAGCUCGGCAUUUUGGCGCAGAACUGCUUGUCUCCGGGCUUCAGUACUCUGUUAGCCAAUCUCUUCUCGAUGCGCACCUACAAAAAGGACCCAAGUGGCCAGACUCCAGCUUGGCUCAACCAGUACAUGCAGGGUGCCGGGAUUGAGAUGUACACGGAAACGAUGUCUUCGGCGUUUGUCGGUAUGCCGUUCCCGGCGGCAGCUGAGCUCUGCUUCGUCCGGCUCAACCUGCUUCUUAUUGCGGUACAGAUGACGAAGAAGGGUCACGGCGAGGCGGCGGCAAGCGCCAGGAUCGCGAUCAACCCUAAGGUUACCGAACCGCAUGCUUUGUCCGCCUGUGUCUACUUGAAAUUGCACUAUAAGCGCCCAAAACUACCGUUUCUUGUCUUCCAAUUCACUGGACAUAGUCUCGAAUGCUACUUUGGAGGAAUUUUGUGCUACCAAAAUCUUAAUCUGGACUGGAAGAAAGAGCGCCCCACAGGUUCCAGGUACAUGAAGGCAACACAUAAGCUAGUCCGACUUAUCGCGUUGAUGUCGACUUUCAGCAUCCAGAAGGGAGUCACAUGUGCAUGGUCAUCCGAAUCCGUCGUAGGACGAAAGAUAAGUUCAGGAAGAGGCGCUCGCAUCUAUUGUGCCGUUUGUCCGACACUGUUUUUUGGGGAUGCCGAGGAGUUGUUGAGACUUUCUCAACUGUCGGAACUAUCAAUGCAUGAUAUUUAA